GUUGACGUCUCGACGUUGUCUGUACCCUGAACGCAUUCAAAAGCAACCCCUCGUGACAUCUAGUUAAUGCGAUCACCAGAACUAGUCCCUUCUUGAAAGAUCUGCGCAGAAUUCCGGGUUCGCUUUCGUUCCUAAUUGCUCUCUCAGUUGCGGGGUGCAAACAACUUCCGAUCAUGCCAGCCCAAACCACAUGCCCAAUACCCGAAGUCGACCGCGCACUCUCGUCAUACAUAAACAAUCGGGAAGACACGCUAAGGAUCCGACGGGCUCUUUCCAAGUAUCUCACCUCAAGUCUGAGGCCUGUCAGUGCAGCGACCCAGAAUCAACAUCUGAACCAUGAGUGCCCACAGAACCUGUCUGCAGCCAAUACCAACCCUCCAGGCUUGAAGGACACUCGUCUGGAGUAUUUACAGGCUCUGCGGGUCAAGUCACAAGCGCAAACAAGACACCGUGAACUUCAGGCUUCAUUAGAAGAUUUACGCGACCGUUACGUGGACGAGAACCCAACGCAGCCAGAAUCAGAAUACGACAACGAAGCUACGCGAGGUUACGUUGCUUUGCUACGACAGCGCCGAAGAUAUGCAGAACUUCAAGUCAUCCAAGAAUCUCUAGACAAGCUUCUCACCGCAAAGCCAUCGACCGCUGCGGCUGACCCAAGAGCUUCCAUCAAGAGCGCCAUCGGCGAGCAACCAGACUUACCCGCCGAGAGGCUAGAGCAGCUAUCGCAAGCCGAAGAUGACCAGAACUGGGUCUUCAAGCUGAAGCAGGAGGUUCUCGAGGCGCGAACAGCCAUGGAGCGCGCCCAGGCCGCGAGGAAGAAGGCCCAGGAUGAGAUGCCUGGCGAGCCCAGCUUGCAAGCGCAAGUCCAUGCACUCGAGCGAGCAAGAGACGAGCUCGUUGAUUGGGUGCAAGGGGAGUUGGCUAAGAUGGAAGAGGACAGUGUUUUCCUUGAGGAUGCCUCACCUGUCAAACGUCCAAUCAGCGUCGCAGCACCCGUCGAUCUAGCGUCAGCAGAGACACAGAUACAAGAGUCGUACAACAAGUACAUAGAAGCUCGUGCUAGUCUGCUCGAAGCUCAUGCAAGCCUCCAGCAACCUCUUGAUAUCCAGACUGACGAUCAGAACGGCGGUCCGACUACCCCCAACGAAGAGGACAAAGGCGCGGCAACGAAGCCUGCCCGGCCCAUCACCAAACUCUUGCCUUACCUCCCGCAUCUCACCCAGAUAGCCAACAGUGAGCGUUCUUUGCUCCAACAAUCUGUAUACCUCCAGAGCCAGAUAGCAUCCGCAGACCAAGACAUUGAAGAAGCGCUUCUGCGACUCUCCGGUGAAAGCCAUCUCCUGCCCGCUGGCUCGAAGGAAGUCGCAGCAUGGGGCAAGACAGCACGGGAAGCUGAGGCGGCCACCGAAGCAUUGGUGAAAGAGCGUUUGCAAGCUGCGCGACAAGAAGUGGGGAGUGUGAGCACUAUUGUAGAGCUUUGCUCGUUGCAGAGCAAGGUGUUGGAGUCAGCAUAGAACGAGGAGGCGAUGCCAGCAUGGGAUAAGGAUUGCGAAACCCAGGCUGCAGCCACGAUCAAGAGAGCAAGACAUUAUCCUCGUCAGUUACAAGGGACUCGUAUGUAGCUUCAGGACAGCUCAUAGCGUAGUCUUCGUACAUUGACAUCCGCGUAUUAGACCAGUUUCUUUGUGUGAUGUAAACAACGUACGUGCCCAUGGCUGACAGAGCACAUGUUAGCUACGAUGUUUACCGCCGUUUAUUACAU